CAAGCGCAGAAGGUUCAGCAGGUCGCCGUGCGCACGCGCAGCUCCCUUGGCCAGCUCGAGUUUCCUGGUGUGGAGCCUAGAGUUGCUUCCCGCCCCGCCCCUGGCGUUGCCAUGGAGAGCGGCUAAAGCCGGCCGGUGGCAGCGACCUGGGCCUGGUGUCCUCUGGCGGCAUUUGCAUGGACGAUGUUGAGCCGCACGGAGCUUUCCCAGAAGAGCGCAGACUUGGCGGAGAUGCGGUCGGGGCCCCUGGGUCGCUGCAGUCACUUUUUUUGGCUGGGUGUCGCCUUCGACGCUGUGGGUGUGGCAGUGCUGUUCACUGGUGUCUUCGCCAACUUGCUGUUUUACGACAUGCUGCUCUAUCUGGGUUCCAUCAUUAUCUUCGUCAGUCUCCUGUGGUGGAUCUCCUGGUACACUGGCAACAUUGAGGCGCUCCCGGAAGACCCCUUGAGGGGGACUUCGCCCCGCGAUGGCGGGGUGCACCGCAGCGGCAGCCGUCGCUUCUCGCUGACCCUUAGGAGCGUCUCCAACACCUUUCAGCGGAUCCGCCGGCGGCGGCGGCGGCGACUCCACCCGCGGGUCCUCCAGAUGAUCAGUAGCAUCAGCUCUAGCGACCCGAGCCAGCUAGAAAGGAACCGCGACGCCAGAAGCGCGGGUGGCAGAGCGUCGUUCCGUCCAGCGAAGUCUGUUCUGAACCAGUUUGGCACAGCCCAGGCCUCUAAGAGCCUGCCUCUGGUCACUAUUCAUACCCCUCUCUCCAUUUGUACUUCUAGGAGCCAACCUGUCUUUUCGAUGACCUCGCAGAGCUACCCUCUGGCGUCUGACAGCAAUUCUCACAUGGCUUUGUCCUCUGACAGCAAUGUGCCUGUGGAUUCUCACCCUCAGCAGCGCUCUAAGAUCAGUGUGGCCUCUCGGACCUACCCUCUGGAACGGGUAGAAAGUCAGAGCCACCUCCUGGUGCCCAUGUCCUCUGAAAGUUUCUCUGUGAUCUCUCAGAGCCACCUCCAGUCCUCUGACAGCUAUGUGUCUGUGCCUGUGGACCAUCACGCUCAGGAGAACUCUAAGAUCAGUGUAGCCUCUCAGAGCUACUACCCUCUGGAACGAACAAAAAGUCAGAGCCACCUCCUGGUGAUCUCUGACAGCCUAUCUAGGGUACCCAUGACUUCUCAGAGCCACCUCCACUUCUCUGUAUUCUCUGAAAGCCAUGUGCCUGUGGAUCCUCACUCUCACGGGCGCUCUAAGAUCAGCGUGGCCUCUCGGAUCUACCCUCUGGAACGGACAGAAAGCCAGAUCCACCUCCUAGUGCCCGUGCCCUCUGACAGUUUCUCUAAGGUACCCAUGACCUCUCAGAGCCAAAUCCAGCCCUCUGUAUCUUCUGAAAACUGUGGGCCUGUGGACCCUCACUCUCAGGAGCACUCUAAGAUCAGCGUGGCCUCUCGGAUCUACCCUCUGGAACGAACUGAAAGCCAGAGCCACCUCCUAGUUCCUGUGCCCUCUGACAGUUUCCCUAUGGUACCCAUGACCUCUCAGAGCCAAAUCCAGGGAUCUCUAGCCCAACAAAGCCAUCUCCAGAAUCUUCCUCCUGCCUCUCAAACUCCUGAAACUGAUAAAGCUUCUAAGAGCCAUAUUUUGGCCAAGGGGGUUCAAUCUGGGAUUACCCAGACUCAACAGCCACAGGCCUCUGCAGCCCAGACUUCUCAAAGUUCUUCACCUGUCCAAAAGCUUCCUAAGAACUAAAGUGCUGAGGCUUUGAAGGUGACCCAACUUGAAACUAAGUCAGGAGCAACCUGAGUAUUCACUGGCUGUCUCUGAGGCCACACAUUCAGACAUUCAGUAGUGUGACCCUUCUGGGAACCCUUCAGCCUUGGGGACAGUGAGGAAAAGUCACCCUUUAUAAUAGGAAUCAGACACCAGCCAUUUGAAUGUCUACUAAGGUGUUUGCCAAGUAAGUGGCUUGGAAGAAAAGUUACCAACAUUAUCCUUUUUAUUGUCAGUGUUCUCAAUUCCUGUAGUGGGAACAAAGUGGCCUUGGACUUGAGGGAUUAGUCAUUUUGAUGUUUUUUGAGAUCAGUUCUCUGAGUAGUUGAGACCUAAGGCUUUCACUACUUUAUUGGAUAAUGAAACCUGUUCCUUUUGUUUAAGGUUAGAAGAGAGAGCCAGAGAAGUGUUCGUUUAGGAAGCUAUAAGGUCUGGACAUGAGUGGAGGAUUUGGAUUCCGUAAGGGUUCUCUUGGAAGAAGACAGGGACAUAACACCAAAUGACAUUGAAUCUUAGUGGGGAUGUUAUUUUUUUCAAUAUAUUUGACUUUUGUCAAGAGAGACUACAUUGGCAGUGCCCCCCCACAUGCCCCUUUAAGACCCCUUUAAAGCUUCCAAGGGAAAACCUAUCCCCAGCUAGACAUUAAUGUUCUUCAUAUUCGUAGACUUUUCAGUGAGUCACUUCUACUUAAUGCCAAGUGAUAUUAAUUUCCUAUUUACAACAGUGAUAUCUACUGUUUAAAUAU